CUCCCGGCGGCCGGUCGGACGGGGAGGGCGCCCGUGGGACAGUCAUCUCUUUGGAAAGAUGGUUCUUCAUUUCAACUCCCUUUUUGGCUUCCCUGUCAUACUCCUGUACCACUGGAUGGGUUCAACUGUGUCUUUGAAUCUGGAAGAUCCCAAUGUGUGUAGCCACUGGGAAAGUUACUCAGUUACAGUGCAAGAGUCAUAUCCACAUCCUUUUGAUCAGAUUUACUAUACCAGUUGUACUGACAUCCUAAACUGGUUCAAGUGCACACGACACAGGAUCAGUUACCGUACUGCCUACAGACAUGGUGAGAAAACGAUGUACAGGCGCAAAUCCCAGUGCUGCCCUGGAUUCUAUGAAAGCAGGGAAAUGUGUGUCCCUCACUGUGCUGAUAAAUGUGUCCAUGGCCGUUGUAUUGCUCCCAACACCUGUCAGUGUGAGCCUGGCUGGGGAGGACCCAACUGCUCCAGUGCCUGCGACAGCGACCACUGGGGACCCCACUGCAGCAGCCGCUGCCAGUGCAAGAAUGGGGCCCUGUGCAACCCCAUCACUGGGGCCUGCCACUGCUCUGCAGGCUUCAAGGGCUGGCGCUGCGAGGAGCGCUGCGACCCCGGCUCCUACGGCAACGACUGCCACCAGAAGUGCCAGUGCCAGAACAGAGCCACCUGCGACCACGUCACCGGCGAGUGCAGGUGUCCCCCCGGAUACACCGGCGCCUUCUGUGAGGACCUGUGUCCCCCCGGGAAGCACGGCCCACAGUGUGAGGAGCGGUGCCCAUGCCAGAACGGAGGCGUCUGUCACCACAUCACCGGGGAGUGCUCCUGCCCGCCAGGAUGGAUGGGCAUGGUCUGUGGUCAGCCUUGUCCUGAGGGUCGUUAUGGGAAGAACUGCUCCCAAGAGUGCCAGUGCCACAACGGAGGCACCUGUGACUUGGCGACGGGCCACUGCCACUGCAGCCCAGGCUACACAGGGGAACGAUGCCAGGAUGAGUGCCCAGUGGGAAGCUAUGGGCUGCUUUGUGCAGAGACCUGCAAGUGUGUGAAUGGUGGGAAGUGCUACCACAUCAAUGGUGUCUGCCUCUGUGAGCCAGGCUACACCGGGCCGCACUGUGAAACCAGGCUCUGCCCCGAAGGAAUUUAUGGCCUCAAGUGUGAUAAAAAGUGUCCCUGCCACAUGCCCAACACCUGGAGCUGUCACCCCAUGUCUGGGGAAUGCUCCUGCAAGCCAGGCUGGUCUGGGCUGUACUGCAACGAGACAUGUUCCCCGGGCUUCUACGGGGAGUCGUGUCAGCAGAUCUGCAGCUGCCAGAACGGGGCUGACUGCGACAGUGUCACUGGGAAGUGCACCUGUGCCCCUGGAUUUAAGGGUGCAUCUUGUGGUACCCCUUGUCUCCCUGGGACAUAUGGAGUGAACUGCUCCUCCAUGUGCAGCUGCAAAAAUGGAGCCACCUGUUCACCUGUGGAUGGCUCUUGUGCCUGCAAAGCAGGUUGGCAUGGUGUGGAUUGCUCCAUAAAUUGCCCCAGUGGCACGUGGGGACUGGGCUGUAACCUGACCUGCCAGUGUCUUAAUGGAGGGGCUUGCAAUGCUCUGGAUGGAACCUGUACCUGUGCCCCAGGAUGGAGGGGAGAGAAAUGUGAACUCCCUUGCCAGGAUGGUACCUACGGCCUGGACUGCGCCGAGCGCUGUGACUGCAGCCACGCGGACGGGUGCCACCCCACCACGGGCUACUGCCGCUGCCUCCCGGGAUGGUCAGGUAUUCACUGUGACAGUGUGUGUGCUGAGGGACAGUGGGGUCCAAAUUGCUCCUUGCCUUGUUACUGCAAAAAUGGAGCAUCCUGCUCUCCAGAUGAUGGGAUCUGUGAGUGUGCACCAGGAUACAGAGGCACCACUUGCCAGAGAAUCUGCUCGCCAGGGUUCUACGGCCACCGCUGCAGCCAGACCUGCCCCCAGUGCGUGCACAGCAGUGGCCCCUGCCACCACAUCACUGGCCUGUGUGACUGCCUGCCUGGAUUCACAGGAGCCCUCUGCAAUGAAGUAUGUCCUAGUGGCAGAUUUGGGAAGAACUGCGCUGGAAUAUGCACCUGCACCAAUAAUGGGACUUGUAAUCCUAUUGAUAGAUCCUGUCAGUGCUACCCUGGAUGGAUUGGUAGUGACUGCUCUCAGCCUUGCCCACCUUCCCACUGGGGACCAAACUGCAUCCACACAUGCAACUGCCACAAUGGAGCAUUCUGCAGUGCCUACGAUGGGGAGUGCAAGUGCACCCCAGGCUGGACUGGCCUUUACUGCACACAGAGGUGUCCCCUGGGGUUUUUUGGGAAGGACUGUGCCUUGAUCUGCCAGUGCCAGAACGGAGCCGACUGUGACCACAUCAGCGGGCAGUGCACGUGCCGGACGGGCUUCAUGGGGCGGCACUGCGAGCACAAGUGUCCCCAGGGCACAUACGGGUAUGGAUGCCGCCAGAUCUGUGACUGCCUGAACAACUCCACCUGUGACCACAUCACAGGAACCUGCUACUGCAGCCCAGGCUGGAAAGGGGCCAGGUGUGAUCAAGCUGGUGUAAUUAUAGUGGGAAAUCUGAACAGCCUGAGCCGUACCAGCACUGCCCUCCCUACUGACUCCUACCAGAUAGGAGCCAUAGCUGGCAUCAUCAUUCUUGUCCUGGUUGUGCUCUUCCUGCUGGUGCUGUUCAUCAUUUACAGGCAGAAGCAGAAAGGGAAGGAGACACACAUGCCCACAGUGACCUACACCCCUGCUAUGAGGGUCAUCAAUGCAGAUUACACCAUUUCAGAAACCAUCCCUCAUACCAAUGGUGGAAAUGUCAACAGCCACUAUUUCUCUAACCCCAGUUACCAUACUCUGACUCAGUGCUCCAGCCCACCUCAUGUCACCAACAUGGAGAGACUGACCUUGGCAAAGGCAAAAACGAGCCAGCUGUUUGUGAACCUGAAAAAUAUGGAGCCUGGAAAACGAAGUGCUGUCAUGGACUACACAGGAACACUGCCAGCAGACUGGAAACACGGUGGCUACCUCAAUGAGCUUGGUGCUUUUGGACUUGAUAGGGGAUAUGUGGGGAAGUCCCUGAAAGAUCUGGUGAAGAACUCAGAAUACAAUUUAAGUAAUUGCUCACUGAGCAGCUCUGAGAACCCCUAUGCUACUAUCAAAGACCCACCAGCUCUGGUGCCAAAGAGUUCAGAAUGUGGCUACGUGGAAAUGAAGUCCCCAGCACGUCGCGACUCCCCAUAUGCCGAGAUCGCCAGCUCUGCCACAGCCAGCAAGAACGUCUAUGAAGUUGAGCCCACGGUGAGCGUUGUCCAAGGCGCGUUUGGCAGCGGUGGCGGGCACCUCAGCCAGGAUCCCUACGACCUCCCAAAAAACAGCCACAUUCCAUGCCACUAUGACCUGCUUCCUGUCAGAGAAAGCCCCACGCCCUCCACAGAGGGGGUCAGCAGCAAAUGACCCCGCAAGGAGCUGAUGCUACAACCCUGGGACUCUCAAGGGGCAGAGUGGCACAGUCGUGCUCCUUCCUCUCUGGUUUACCAUCUUUCUUGGCUUCUGAUCUGUCCUGAAGAAAAUUGCUGUACCUUAAGCAGAAUCUCAGCAUGAGUUCAAGGUACCUCUGGGCAGAGCAAGAGGAUCAAAGUAAGAAUUCACAUUCAAGAAUUCUGUCAGGGGUGAUUAAAAAAUACCUAACAGUUCAGAGUGAUUCAUUAAUUCAGGGGAAGAAAAUCAAGGUGUUUUUUGUUAAGAAUGACAAGAACACAGAAGUAGAAAAACAGUUCCUGCUUAAAGUUUAGCUUAUUCUGCUGAUCAUGUGGAUGGAGACCCAUCUUCCCAAAACAGCCCCUUUUUCCAAAAGAAGCUUUCAGUCCUUCCAAAGUAGUCUAUUACGAGCUGCACAAUUCAGUGGAAAUUAAAUUCACCAAGGGAUCCGUCCAUUUGACAUAGUUUUCCCCAAACAUGUCAACCUAAAGAUAAUGUGGUUGUUGUAGACUAGACACCCUCUUUCAGUGAAAAGAUACUUUUAGGAAGCUGAGAGUGAGGUGCCAGCAUUUAACAUGACCUGGCAGUGCUUCUGUAGCACCUUGUCCUGAGGGUUGGUGUGUCACUGAUUGAUGGGGAGAAGGAUCCUGGCUAUUCUGUAGUUCCCUGGGCAUUCUGUUACAUCCCUGGAAUAAAGAAUUCCAUUACCUUUGGAUUUGGAAAGUACAGAUAUUAGCGAGAAGAUUUCUAAGGCUGCUUGCCAUUUAAUCGCUGUCUAAGAUGAAGUCUUGAUUGGGUUUGUAUCCUUGUAUCCAUGUAGAUAAAAUGUAGAGAGCUACUGGUAUAUACUUUUUUUUUUUUUUUUUUUUUUUUUUUUUUUUUUUUUUUUUUUGUGUGUGUGAAACAGACUUUAAAAUAAAACCUGUCUUCUCUAAAGCCAUGAAUAGAAAAUGCUGCAUUUUACAACUGGGGGCUCACUAAAACUUGUUGCUGUUUUUGAAGACCACUAGGUAAAUUAUCUUCAUCAUAUAAACAAUUAUUUUAACAAGGAAAAGUGAAGAGCUGAAUAAAUGUUGUGAGGUUUUUUAAAUUUCCAGCAUGUCGCAUAUCCUCAAGUGAAAUAUUCAGUCAAAUAUUCAUGAAAGUAGAUGAGUCUACUGUCAUUUUGCUUAUUGUGUGUGUUCUAAAUGUACACAUGACUGACGUCUGCCUUCCUGCAUGUGGGUGAAACUCCUGCCAUAUAGUUAGCAGCAGCAAUGUCUGCAUAAAUCUGAGCUGGAUCUGCAGUACAUGCAGGGCAAGCAAAUGGCCUGUGAGUUUACUUCAGAGAAUGAUUCCUGGUGAGGUGCUCAGAACACUGAUUUCCUGGAGUGCACUCUGCUCUCAGCUUCAGAGAUCCCCAGCUCAAUCCUCCUGACUGCCAGACAGCUCUUGCUGUAGAUCCCACUGUAGUCUUCACACAACUCAAAUACUUCUGAAGGUGCAUUCCAUAGGGUGGAGGAGACUAAAUGGGUCAGGUGAUGGAGCAAUUUUAGCAAACACUCAGAGAACUGGCUUCACUUCACCACAGACAGGAAUGGAAAGGGAUGCCUUGCCUCCAUAUAUUCACAUAACAAUAGUGACAAAAUAUAACAUCGAUAAUGGAGGUAGCUCUCCCCUAGCAACGUGUCACCAUUUUAAUAAAAGGCUGCACCAAGUUAAAUAACUGACUUUAAAGUAGUGAGUAUAACCUUUAGGCUUUAAAUACUGUAGGCAUUAUUAAUUCAGGGCACUUAGAAGCAUAACGAACCCCAUGGCUUUCUGCUAUGUCCAAGAUUUAUUCACAACACACUGUUACACAUAAAAUCUUUCCUUAUCUUGAUCUACCUGGAGAACAUCCAUUAACUUUAAUUGGAGAUGCACAUGCAGAUUACAGGAAGGAAGAUUUCAUUGUGCUCACACUUUCUCCUGAGACAAUCUGCAAGUUCAUAGUGAAGUGAAGUUAGGAUAAAAUCAAAAGCAAGGAAUGUGUUACUCUAAAUAUAUUGAAUUUUCAAGUACACUAACAAUUUUUUAUCCAAUAUGUGUCCAAAUAGUAAUUCUUACACCGAAGCUCUAAAGUCCAGACUGAAGAUCACAGACCUAGUUUUGACAAAAAAAUGCUUUAUAUUAAAGAUUGUAUAUACAGUAGCUGAAAUUACUGAAAACAAAUAAGUGUAUGUUUUUCAAUUACUGUAGAGAAAACCUUGUCAUUUGAUACACUCAUCCCUAGUGCUAGAGCACUGAAUAUAACUUUUCAGUUUUUUAGCCCACAAGACUUCACUUUGAUAUGAUUGAACUGUAUUAUAUUUUUUAAGAAAACCUAUCAAGUGUGCCUGGCUUUUUUUUUCCUUAGUUGUAAGAAAAGAAGUGUUUUGUUGUGAAAACAUAUAUAUUUUCCAAAGAUGACUGAUGUUCAUCAUUCUCCCUUUCACUAUCAUAUAUUUCACUUCACAUCCCUGUAGCUUAAUACAAUAAAGUUUCUAAUGAAA